AUGGUGUGGAGCCUGCGGAGGGUCUUGGUGGGGGACGCAAACAGAGGAAGCGGGGCGGCAGGCAGCUCGCAGACUGGUGAUGCGCUGGGGAAAGCCCUUGCCUCUAUCUAUUCUCCAGAUCACACCAACAACAGCUUUUCAUCAAAUCCUUCAACUCCUGUUGGUUCUCCCCCUUCUCUCUCAGCAGGCACAGCUGUUUGGUCUAGAAAUGGAGGUCAAGCGUCAUCAUCUCCCAAUUAUGAAGGUCCCUUACACUCUUUGCAAAGCCGCAUCGAGGACCGCCUGGAGAGACUGGACGAUGCCAUCCACGUGCUACGCAACCAUGCAGUGGGACCUGCCACCGCCAUGCCCGGGGGUCACGCCGCCAUGCAUGGCUUGAUAGGGAUCGGAGCCAUGGCCGGGCUGGGCUCCGGCUACGGCACCGGGCUGCUCUCUGCCAACCGGCACUCACUCAUGGUUGGAGCACACCGCGAGGACGGGGUCAGCCUCCGCGGGAGCCACUCGCUCGUGCCAAACCAGGUCCCCGUCCCGCAGCUGCCCGUCCAGUCCGCCACCUCCCCGGAUCUGAACCCGCCCCAGGACCCCUACAGGGGCAUGCCGACCGGACUGCAAGGGCAGAGUGUCUCUUCAGGCAGCUCCGAAAUCAAAUCCGACGACGAGGGAGACGAAAACCUCCAGGACACCAAGUCUUCUGAGGACAAGAAACUAGAGGAUGACAAGAAGGAUAUCAAAUCAAUUACUAGGUCAAGAUCUAGCAAUAACGACGACGAAGACCUGACACCCGAGCAGAAAGCCGAGAGGGAAAAAGAAAGGAGAAUGGCCAACAAUGCCCGGGAGCGCCUGCGCGUCCGCGACAUCAACGAGGCUUUCAAGGAGUUGGGCCGGAUGGUGCAGCUCCACCUGAAGAGCGACAAGCCCCAGACCAAGCUCCUGAUCUUACACCAGGCUGUGGCCGUCAUCCUCAGCUUAGAGCAGCAAGUCAGAGAAAGAAACCUGAACCCGAAAGCAGCGUGUCUGAAAAGAAGGGAAGAAGAAAAAGUCUCUUCGGAUCCUCCUCCGCUUUCCCUGGCAGGACCCCACCCUGGGAUGGGAGAUGGCUCCAACCACAUGGGACAGAUGUAA